AUGGCUCCCUCCGGCGAUACGAUGGCCCCCAGCACCCUUUCCGAGAUGCCCCCCAGCACCCUCUCCGAGAACCAUGUGAUCCCGGACAAUUUGCCUCCUCCAGCGGAGGACGACCGCAGAAGCAAAGGCACCUGUCGGGAUCGAAUUGGUUGUGAAUACAGUCGUCGCAGUCGAGACUUCUGGACUUAUGCGAUUGGAUUUAUCUUGCUAAUGAUUGGCAUGGUAUGCUUGGUCUUCGUCUUGUAUGAUCACCCCUCCUUGGUUGGAAAAGACAAGAUGUCCGUGCAAAAGAAUGUAACCAAAGAUGCCGACGACAAUGCACUCGCUCCCAGCCGAAACGCAAGUGCUGCCUACUACCGCGAGCUACGCCUCGCUGUGAUCCAUCAAAUUCACCAUGGAUUGAUCGACCCCUACGUAUUCGUGCGACCCAAUUCACCCCAGCGCAUGGCAAUGCAAUGGAUGGCUUUCAAAGAUCCUUUGCACUUGCCAUUGAAUGGCAGUCGCUGGAUUCAACGUUACGCGUUGAUGACAAUCUACUUUGCUAAUGACGGCGACAAAUGGACCGUCUUUGCUGGAGACAGCUCAAAACCUACUGCACUACCAAACACGAACAUCCAGGAAGAGCAGCAGGUUGUUGCAGCAAUUGUCUCUCCUAAACUGUCAUCUGUGGUGCACAUGGUCACAGAGAAUGGAUCACCCUGGUCUGAGCAGGCGGGGAUUCAUGAGUGCCAGUUCGCCUUAGUACAGUGCGAUAAAGAUGAUCGCGUCGUCAGCGCCGCUUGGAGCGGAGACCUCGCUUCUCUGAGCGGCACUCUUAUCAAGGAGAUUGGUCUCUUGAGUCACCUUCGCCACCUGGAUGUAUCCCAGAACCAGCUGAGAGGAAAGAUCCCAAAGGAACUUUUUGACUUGACUCAUCUCGAACGACUGGACCUAUCUUUCAACGAGUUUGUCUCCACCAUUGAUCCUUUGAUUGGCCGUUUCUCCAAUUUGACCCACUUGAAUCUGAAACGCACUCACUUUUCUGGGCAGCUCCCCUCCACUCUUCAGGAUUUGACCAAUCUAGAAGUGUUCCACAUGGGUUCCAACCCUGAAGGCUUGGGCGGACCGGUCCUCAACUAUGCUGUGCAUUGGAAAAACGUCAAAGUUUUGGAACUUCUUGGAUCGGCAACUUGGGGAACAAUUCCAUCGGAGCUUGGCCUACUCACACAGUUGACCGGAAUUGCAUUCCUGAACACUUUUGUCUCGGGAACCAUUCCCACAGAGUUGGGGCAGCUCAAAGCUUUGAAGCAAAUCUAUCUUGGUUCCAACUACCCAUCGAAGAGUGUUGUUGGGACUUUGCCCACCGAGAUUGGUUCAUUGACCAGCCUGGAAGUAUUUUCCUGUCAACAGGUAGAGCUGACAGGUACAAUUCCAUCAGAGGUUGGGAAGUGGUCCAAUGUCAAAACCUUUCACCUCUGGAACUCAGGAGGCAUCCAGGGCACACUCCCUUCUGAACUGGGACGGAUGACAAAGCUGCGAUUGCUUUGGAUUUUCGACACUGAGAUCAGUGGAGCCAUUCCAUCCGAGCUUGGCCUAUUGUCCGAUGCCUCCGAAAUGAAGUUUCAUUCGACCAAGCUUGAAGGAACCAUGCCUGAAGAAAUCUGUGAUCUCCCGCUCCAAUCUUUGUCAGCCGAUUGCUCAUCAUCCGUAGAAGGCUCGACCCCAGAAUUGGUCUGUGAAGUGGGAACCUGCUGCUCUGAAUGUUAUUCCACCUAA